UAUAACAGUUGGUUGUCUUUAGCUAGCAGGAGCAAUAGAAACUUGGCGUCCUUUGAAACUACUGCAAACAUGGUUAUAAAAGCGGUGUGUGUGUUGAAAGGAGCUGGAGAGGCUAGCGGGACUGUCUUCUUCGAGCAGGAGAAUGAUUCAGCCCCUGUGAAGCUGACCGGAGAAAUCAAAGGCCUUACUCCUGGUGAGCAUGGUUUCCAUGUCCAUGCUUUUGGAGACAAUACAAACGGGUGCAUCAGUGCAGGCCCUCACUUCAAUCCCCACAACAAGACUCAUGCCGGUCCUACUGAUGAAAAUAGGCAUGUUGGAGACCUGGGGAAUGUGACUGCUGCAGCUGAUAAUGUUGCAAAGCUCGACAUCAUGGACAAGAUGAUCACCCUUGCUGGCCAAUACUCUAUUAUUGGCAGAACCAUGGUGAUCCAUGAGAAGGCCGACGACCUGGGAAAAGGAGGCAAUGAUGAGAGUCUAAAGACAGGCAAUGCUGGUGGACGUCUGGCCUGUGGAGUCAUCGGCAUCGCCCAGUAAACACUUUGCCAAAACAUGCAGCACUGAAAACUAUUUCUCCCAUAGCACUUACAAAGACCAACAUAGCUACUCGAUGUGACAGUCUGACCUUUUCCAAUAUGAUGUGGUAUUUUAUUGAGCAAUCAAGAGAAUAGAUAAGCCAUGCUUAACCAUGUCCCAUCCUCAUGUCAAUUGUAUGUAUGGGUUUAUAUGUCAUAAGUUGUGGUCCCAAAGAAUUGGUAACUCACAAGUAAUAAAAAUAUAUUUACAAAGUUG